AAUUGAAUAUUACGAAAUUGAAUAUUGAAAUGAUCGCUUUUAACUCAUCAAAUGAAACAGGCGGUCUCUUCACAGCUUUUGUUAGUUAACACGAAGAACAAUGAUGCAUAAAAACUGGAUUUUAUCGAUCUUCGUGUUGCUCAUCUGCGUUUUAUUCCGCUCAACAUUCUGCAUUCCAUGGCCACCAAAAGAAGAUCAUUUUGUUCAGAGAGUUGAUCAUUUCAGUUUCCAAGCAUCAAAUAUGACUUUCAAGCAACGGUAUCUCUAUGAAGAUAAGUGGUUCAAACCGAACGGACCAAUUUUCUUUUACUGUGGUAAUGAAGGAGACAUUGAAACGUUCUGGAACAAUACGGGAUUAAUGUUUGAGUUGGCUCCCAGUUUCAAUGCUUUUAUUCUGUUUGCUGAACACAGAUACUACGGUGAAAGCCUUCCCUUUGAAAAAAGCUUUCAACAGCCCUACAUUCAAUUCCUUUCAACUAAGCAAGCAUUAGCAGACUAUGCCUAUUUAAUUGAGGGAGUCAAAAAUAAAUUCAACAUUACUAGGUCUCCAGUCAUUGCGUUUGGUGGAAGUUAUGGAGGCAUGUUAGCAGCAUAUAUGCGAGCAAGCUAUCCACACAUAAUUAAAGGUGCUUUAGCUGCGAGUGCACCAGUCAGAUGGGUUGCAGGUGAAGGAAACUUCCAUGAGUUCUUUGAGGCUGUCACUAAGAACUAUCAUGAUGUUAAUCCAAAAUGUUCUCAAAAGAUCAAAGAUGCUUUCAACACAGCUGUUCAAAUGUCCCAAAAGCCAGAUACUGGCUACAAACAACUUUCUGAACAACUACGUUUGUGCCAACCUAUCAGUAAUGAGUUUGAAUUUUACUGGGUACUGAAAUGGGCUCGCAAUGCAUUUGUUAUGAUGGCAAUGGAAGAUUAUCCUUAUCAGACAGCAUUUAUAGGAAGUUUACCUGCAUAUCCUGUUAAUGUCUCUUGCAAAAACGCUUUGGCAACACCAGAUCUCAUUCCAUCUCUUCGUGAAGCUGUUGGCGUUUACUAUAACAAUUCUAUGUCUCUUUCAUGUUUUGACUACAAGACAGAGUUUAUUGAAUGUUCUGAUAUAACAGGCUGUGGUUUAGGCAAUGAUUCUCUAGCUUGGGAUUUUCAGAGUUGUACAGAAAUGAAUUUGUACGAUGGUUCUGAUAGCACAGCGAGUGAUAUGUUUACAUCUUUGCCUUUAACAAAGGAACGACUGACACGCUACUGCCAACAGAAAUGGGGUGUCACACCAGUCUUCAAUCAGUUAUCAACAUUUUUCGGUGAUAAUCUAUGGAAGACUGCAACUAAUAUCAUAUUUUCAAAUGGAAAUUUAGAUCCUUGGAUGGGUGGUGGAAUUUUGACUGACCAGUCAGAGAAGGUUAUUUCAUUGGUAUUAGAUGGCGGUGCUCAUCACUUAGAUUUAAGGUCACCGCAUCCCAAUGAUCCUCCAUCAGCACGUCAGGUUCGUCAAAUAGAAGUACAAACAAUCCGUUCAUGGCUUGAAUCAUAAACUUCAUAGAUUAUAUCAUUUUGUGAUGUCUUUUUAUUAUUGCAAUCAUUGUGCCUUCCCUCCUUCCUCUUUGUCCUCCUUUCAAAUCAUUCCCUCUUAUUGUGUGAUUUUAAAUGUCUGUUUACUGAUUUGUAUCAAGUAAUCUAACCUAUAAUGACCAAUGAAUGAAUAAAUUAUUUUACUGUAC